UGCACACACACUCACACACACACCCCUCCUCACCACGAGCAGGAAACCAACCCGAGCUUCUCUCCAGCACCAGUGUGUGUUUGUGAGAGUGUGUGUGUGAGCGGGCAGGCCGGUCCUGCUGUGGCCCUGAUGGCAGGUCUGAGGAGCGGAUCCGGAUCGAGCAGCGGCGGGCAGAGAGGACUCCUCCUCCCGCUGCUGCUGCUCACCUGCAGCGCCAGGUGUGCUGCUGCUGCUGCUGCUGCCCCCAAACCCAGCAACAUCAUCCUGAUCCUAGCCGACGACCAGGACGUUCAUCUGGGGGGCAUGACCCCUAUGAAGAAAACUAAACUUUUAAUCGGAGAUGCAGGAGCAACGUUUGUGAACGCUUUCACGGUGACGCCACUGUGCUGUCCGAGCCGCAGCAGCAUCCUAACGGGUCAGUACCCGCACAACCACGAGGUCCGGAACAACUCCCUGUCGGGGAACUGCUCCAGCACGCUGUGGCAGAAAGGACCCGAGUCCUCGGCCUUCCCGCUCUACCUCAACAAGAACAACUACCAGACCUUCUUCGCUGGGAAAUACCUGAACCAGUACGGUAAGAAAGACGGAGAAGACAUCGGCCAUAUUCCACCUGGCUGGGACCAUUGGCACGCUCUGGUCGGGAACUCUCAGUACUACAACUACACGCUGUCAGUGAACGGCAAAGAGGAGAAGCAUGGAGACAGCUAUGAGAAGGAUUACCUCACAGACCUCAUCACGAACCGGACGCUCCACUUCCUGGAGGACCGCAGCCCGCAGCAUCCCUUCUUCCUCAUGCUGUCUCCUCCGGCGCCUCACUCGCCGUGGACCGCCGCGCCGCAGUACCAGAACGAGUUCAAGGACGUGAAAGCUCCUCGAGACGGCAGCUUCGACAAACCGGGGAAGGACAAACACUGGCUGCUGCGUCAGCCCGUCAACCCCAUGACCAACAGCUCGCUCACCUUCCUGGACAGUGCCUACAGGAAAAGGUGGCAGACGCUGCUGUCUGUGGACGACAUGGUGGAGAAGCUGGUGAAAAAACUGGAGAGCAUCAAGGAGCUGGACAACACCUACAUCUUCUACACGUCAGAUAACGGCUACCACACAGGUCAGUUCUCUCUGCCCAUCGAUAAGAGACAGCUGUACGAGUUUGACAUCAGGGUCCCUCUCAUGGUCCGCGGCCCCGGGAUCAAACCCAAGCAGACGCUGCAGGCUCCUGUGCUGAACAUCGACCUGGCUCCCACCAUCCUGGACAUAUCUGGAGUCAACCUGUCCACUGUCAACGUGGACGGACAGUCUUUCCUCUCUCAGAUGGCCCCGUCACUGCGUAACGGCACCGCUCGUCCUUUUUUCCUCGUAGAAUACACCGGAGAGGGACAUCCAACCACAGAUCCUGCCUGUCCCAAACUGGGUCCUGGACUCUCCCAAUGUUUCCCAGACUGCGUGUGUGAAGACGCCUACAACAACACGUACGCCUGCGUCAGGACGCUGGACAAAGAUCAGAACCUGCAGUACUGCGAGUUCGCAGACAGCGAGUCGUUCGUGGAGGUGUACAACCUGACGGCGGACCCCCACCAGCUGGAGAACAUCAUAAAGAAGGUGGACCCGACCAUCCUGCAGACGAUGAACCAGCGACUCAUCAAGCUGCAGUCGUGUCAGGGAGCCAGCUGCCGGGACUUCAAGUAGAGGAGAAGAAGAAGAAGAAGAAGCUGCCCAACAGACUUUUCCUCUCAUGUUGCCUCGGAGGAGAAGCUCAGGUGUGAUUAAUAACUGAACCGACGGCUGGUUCUGUGUAGCUGCUUCAGUUUCAGGGUCCUGGUGUUGUGCAUGCUGGCUCACUGUCACACUGUCAUGGUUUACUGGGACAUUUAGACAGAAAGGAGCCGAGGUGAGGAGAAGGUUUACGGGAACUAUGUUUAUUUUUGCUUUCUUGCUGAGAGUUAAAUGAGAAGAUUGAUAUCACAUAUCUCAUGUCUAAAUAUAAUUAGGUUCACUCUCAUUCAGCUGUUUUAAAAAAUAGAAAUAUAAUCUGUUUAACCCAAACUCUACACACAAAAACCGGAAAGCUGCAGCAAAAGUUGCAAAACACUUAUUAUUCUGCAGAUAAUUUCUUUAAAAGUACAGAUAAUAUACAGUAAAUAUCCAUAUUUUAAAAUGUAUAUAUGUAGAUUAACUCCUUUGCAACUUUUGCUGCAUUUACAUUUUUUAACAUUACAUACAGAAAUAAAUACAGAAAAUACAGAUAAUAAACAGUUUUUUUACUUUAAUAUGAUGCUAAGUUUUGUUUACUUUUUUACAGUUUUUUUGCGAUUGUUUUAUUUUACAGGGUUUUCUUAUUGUUUUUUUCUACAUUAAAUGCAAAUACCAUAAAAAGGCAAAAAACUUUUAUUGCAAAUGUUAACUAUAAAAUAGACGUUGAAAUCUUCAAUAAAAUGCAACAAUUUAUUUUUACAUUUAUUUUAAAUCAAAUUAAAUGUUUUACUCUACUGCUUUAAUUUUAGAUUCAGCAAUCUGCUGUGUAUGGUUUGUAUUGUUUGUAUUUUUACAAAGAAUUCACUGCAAUUAAACAUUCAAGACCAUUAAGCAAUUAAAUAAUACUGUUAAAAUAAUCUAUCAUUUCCUGUUAUAUUAAUUUACAGAUUUAAAAAUGUAUUUCAUGGUUCAUAUUUGUAAUAAAAAUAAUUUACUUUAGAAAACCCUGUCAGAUAAUACAGUACAUUUCUGAAAAAUAACUUUUUUCUUUCACAGUGGAUUCCUGGUGAAAAAAAUUAUAAACUGAAAAUGUAUCAGAGAAUAUAUAAAAUAUCUGGUAUAAUCAAUAACAUCAUGGCCUCCUCACCAGAAAGCAAAUCAGCAUAUUUCCCCAAAAUGUUGUACUUUUCCUUUAAUGUUAUUGUCAGAAACACCUGAGCUUCUCCUGCUCUGAAGUCAAAAUGUUUUAGUUUUUUGUUUGUUUCUGAGCUGUGCUCAUGUCUCUCAUAAUUCCAUGAGUUUAUUAUAUUUUUGAAGAUAAACUCCUCGUCCAGUUCAUGUUGUUCAGAGACAGUCGGUCUGUUUAAUGUCUCUGCCUUUAAACUGCACUAUAAACCUCUGUUCUGCACGUUCAGGGUUCAGAACGCCUUCGGGACAUUUUUGCUAUAAAUGACGACGCGGCCAAAGGUCUGCUGGAUUACUGGUUUGCAGGUCUGAUGGUUUGCAUGUUUGCAUGUUUGCAGGUCCGCAAGUUUGAAGGUUUGCAGGCCACUGGUUUGCAGGUUUGCAAGUCUGCUUGUUUGCAGGUCUGCUGGUUUGCAGGUCUGCUGGAUUACUGGUUUGCAGGUUUGCAAGUCUGCUGGUUUGCAGGUUUGCUGGUCUGCUGGAUUACUGGUUUACUGUAGCUGCCGUUAAUCCGGUUAUCUCUAAACAAGAGGUUGACGUUUUGGGAAACAUACUUCUUUGCUUUCUUGCAGAGUUACAUGAGAAAAUUGAUGCAACUUUCCUGUCUGUUUGAUCAGCAGCAGUUUAACUUGGCACAAGAAGAAAUAAAUAAGUAGUGUAAAAGGUUGUUUAAAGGUCAUAAAUCCAACUGCCAGCAGCUCUAAACUUCACUGACUAACACAUUAUGUCCUGUUAGUUUAAUUCCUACAAACACUGAAGUGUAAAAAAUGCUAAUGUGCAAUUUAUUGAAGUCUUACAGGAUGUCAGGGACUGUUUGAGUCUCUGGGUUGGAAAUAAAUAAGUCCUGCACAAGUCCCAUAAAACCACAACUUGACAUGUUGAUAUGGUAAAAAAAAAAAGAUUUAACAUGUUAACCAGCUGCAAGUUGAGUUCUGUACCUUUGAACAGAGCCAUGCUAGCAGUUUCCCUCUGUUUCCAGUCUUUAUGCUAAGCUAAGCUAACCAGCUUCAUAUUUACCACACAGACUUGAGAGUGAAAUCAACCUUCUUGUCUAAUUCGAUGAAGAUUUCCCAAAAUAUCUCCCUGUUUGUUUGAGGUGAGCCUGUGAGUCCGGCUCUGUUCUCUGCACAACUUCUGAAAGACGUUCAGACUCUGAUGUGUCCAGUUUUAAGUGCCUCAGUUUAAAAAACAGAUGCAACUUUUUACAUUUUUAACCCUGAUGGUUGUUUGUAAUAUUUUACACUGAGUAUUAAUGAUGAAAACAUUUAUAAAGAUAGAGUCACUGUGAUACUUUGUGAUUGUGAGGAAUCGUGGAGGGAAACAUGUUUUGAUCUGUGCGCCUCGUGUUUGCACUGACGCGGCUCACCUGCCUGAAAUGUGAAAAUGUUUUUGCACUGUGAUGAAAUUAAAAAUAAAUCUAAAGAAGCAAUGAAACACA